AGGUGUCUGCAGCGCGGCCCGGGAGGGGUGCGCCUCCCGUGGCUCCAGGCCUGGCCCGGCCCCGGCGUUGCGCUUUGUUCGCCUGUGCGUUUCACUGCUUUUCACCGAGAGCCACCUCCUCUCCGCGACUCGGAUUCUUCCCUAAAAAAUUGCAGCUGGUGGUGUGCACCUGCCCGAGCCGUGGCCGCCGUGUGUGGGAGCCCCCCGCACAGUGCUUGGUGGAGAGGGACUGUGUGCCGGGUAAGGGAUCGGUGGCUGCUCUGUUAUUGUACCUGCCGGGGAGGGUGCGCGGCAGAUGUGUUUCCAGAGAUCAGUGCGGGACCCGUUUCUCCACCGUGCGGACCGGAGGGUCCCUCCAGGGGGAGUGUUGGCUCCUCUCAUUCCCUCACAGCCCACAGCUGAGCACGGGCAGUUCCUGUCUGUCCCACCUCCAGGAUAAAUCCGGAAGAAAUCCACCUCCUCUCGCCACUACCCUUGUCCACACCGUCGUUUCCCCCUGGCUGAACUGCUUUCCUCCUUGGUUUCUGUUCUCCCACGCUUGCCUUUCCAAAGUAUUCUCAACGCCAGGGCGACUCGGUCCAGUAAUGACACCCCUCUGUCCAGAAGCCUCCAGAGCUGAUCUUGUUCACAACAAAAGCCAACAUCCUUACCCGGCGAGGAGCUGCCCCGCCCUCGCCCCACCUCCUUGUCGCUGCAUCUCCAGCGCCCUGUGUGGCCAUCCUGGCUCCCGGUGGUCACUCAGACAUGCCAACACUCUCCUACCUCGGGGCUUUGAAAUUGCUAUUCCCUCUGCUCAGAAUGCUCUUCCCCAUGCUUAGCACUGUCACCAGAAACCUUGGACUUCAGAAGGCAGUGGGAUGACAGUCAAAAUGCUGAAAGAAAAGAACUGUCAACCAAAAUAUCUAUGUCCAGCAAAAUUAUUCUCUAAAAGUAAAGACACUACAUCAAACAAAAAGCUUCUACAUAGCAAAGGAAACUAUCAACAAAAUGAAAAGAAUGAUGGCUGUUUUGGUACUUCAAGUGGAAUUCGUUCUUUUCAGCUUCACAACUGGAAACAGAAAGUUAGUCAGCCUAAGAAAGCCGAAUUCAUACGCACAGCAGAAAAAUUUAAAAAUCUAGUUAUUAACAUAGAAAAAGAUAAACACAGUCAUUUCUACAACCAAAAAAGUGACUUCAGAAUUGAGCAUAGUAUGCUGGAAGAAUUGGAAAAUAAAUUGAUUAACAGCAGGAAAACAGAAAGAUCAAAAAUUCAGCAACAAUUGGCCAAAAUACAUAAUAAUGUAAAGAAACUUCAGCAUCAGUUAAAAGAUGUGAAGCCUACACCUAGUUUUGUUGAAAAGCUCAGAGAAAUGAUGGAAGAAAUCGAAAAUGCAAUUAACACUUUUAAGGAGGAGCAGAGAUUGAUAUAUGAAGAGCUAAUUAAAGAAGAGAAAAUAACUAAUAAUGAGUUGAGCGCCAUAUCAAGGAAGAUUGACACAUGGGCUUUGGGUAGUUCAGAAACAGAGAAAGCUUUCAGAGUGAUGUCAAGCAAAGUUCCUGUAGACAGAGUAGCACCAAGUACUCUUCCAGAAGAAGUUGUGGAUUUUGAAAAAUUCCUUCAGCAAACAGGAGGGCGACAAGGGGGCUGGGAUGAUUAUGAUCACCAGAACUUUGUAAAAGUGAGAAACAAACAUAAAGGGAAGCCAACAUUUAUGGGAGACGUUCUAGAACAUCUUCCUGGAAGAACACAGGAUGAAGUUGAACAGCAUGAGAAAUGGUAUCAAAAGUUUCUGGCCCUAGAAGAAAGGAAAAAAGAGUCUAUUCAGAAUUGGAAAACUAAAAAGUUUCAAAAAAAGGAAAUUUUCAAGGAAAAGGCAGAGGACAUGCCUAUGCUUUUUCAUAACAAACAAGAAGAUAAUCAAAAGCAAAAAGAGGAACAAAGAAAGCAGCAGAAAUUGGCAGUGGAAGCUUGGAAAAAACAGAAAAGUAUAGAAAUGUCAAUGAAAUAUGCUUCCCAGUUAAAAGAAGAGGAAGAGAAAGAGAAAAGGCAGCAGAAAGAGCGCCAACGCCAGUUUAAACUAAAAUUACUACUAGAAAACUACACCCAGCAGAAGAAAGAACAGGAAGAAUUUUUAAGACUUGAAAAGGAGAUAAGGGAAAAGACAGAAAAGGCAGAAAAAAGGAAAACUGUUGCUGAUGAAAUUUCCAGAUUUCAAGAAAGAGAUUUACGUAAACUUGAACUGAAAAUUCUUGAUAGACAGUCAAAAGAAGAUGAAAAGGCAGAAAAACAAAGAAGACUGGCAAAAUUUAAAAAAAAGGUUGAAAACAAUGUUAGCAGAGAUCCUUCUAGGCUUUACAAACCUACCAAAGGUUGGGAAGAACGGACCAAAAAUUUAGGACCAACAAGCUCUGGGCCACUUCUACAUAUCCCACAUAGGGCUAUUCCAACCUGGAGACAAGGAGUUUAGAAAAGAAUAUAAGAUAAUGAAACUGGUAUUCAGUUGAUGGGAAUGUUAGCAUAUUCAGCUUGAAUAGAACAGAGUGAUUAACCACAUGUGUUUUUAAAUAUCACUAGCUUAGACAGACUGAUUAUGGUGUUGUAUGUGAAUUGACAGAUGUUGAGUUCCAAGUAGUAUUGUCAUUAGUAUUUCCUGUUUAUAGCAAGAGGGUAUGUAAUGUGUAUGUUGGCCUAUUAUUAUGUAAAAGUUUUUUGAAUAAGUUUAUGUUACAAAUACUUUCAUUUAAAUACUCAGAACAUUUCAAAGAUACUUUGUUUUUGGCAUGGCACAGCAAAAUAAGUUGGGACAAUCACAGAAUGACAUUUUCAAACCAAAAUUUUGUAACAUUUAUAUUUUGGAGGUAAGUUAGCUUGAGUAACAAAAAUGUAAAGUUUUUUUGGUUUGAAUUUUGAAAUAAGUUAGUACUUUUUCUAAUUUAACAAACUGGUAGUUUAUCAGUUACUACAUUUUUAUGUAAUAAAUAUUUUGUAUUUGUUCGAAGCAUGCUUUGUUUUAUAUCAAGUAUUUAUAUUAAAAAUAUGCCUCACAGUU